AUGAUUAUUUUGAUCCUGUUCUCAAUAUGCGUAUUCUCCGAUGAAAAAUCGCUGUCUAACUCGCCGUCGCAGUCCUCUCAUGCCGCAGAUGACAAAGCAGUAGCAUCCGACUCAUUAAAGCGGCCAGUGGUUGAUGAUUUUGAGGAUUUUACUGCGCCUUUUCCUCCACAACCGCGAACGGUUUAUCAUAUCGACUUCACCAAAGAGAACGGUUCAGAAAUUGUAGCAAAUCGACGGACGAUAUUCGAGGUGAUUCCUGCCGACUACAUAUGCGAGUUCUGCGUAGCGGUCAUCAAAAGCUGA